AUGGUUCGGAUAAUUCCACAGCGAUUGAAAGCAUCAACACGUUCGAAUAAUCCGUCCACCACAAAUAGUCGUGCCGCCAGCCCAAUGAGGAAUAAAGGAGAUUCCGCGAGCCCUGAGGGCCGCAGAGAGACGGGACUGGUCUUGAAUACUGUGAUCCUCAGGGCGCGCAAUCUGGCAGCUGCUGAUCGGAGUGGCACUUCUGACCCGUAUCUUGUCUUGACUCUCGGAGAAGGAAAACACCAAACCCACGCCGUACCCAAGAACCUAAACCCUGACUGGAAUGAGCAAUGCGAGUUCCCUGUUAAUGACAUUCGCCACCUCCUCCUGGAUGUGAUAUGCUGGGACAAGGAUAGAUUUGGCAAGGACUACUUGGGCGAGUUCGACGUUGCCCUCGAGGAGAUUUUUGCCGAUGGCCAGUUCGAGCAGCCCCCUAUUUGGUUCCCGCUGAAGAGCAAGAGGUCUGGAAAGCAGGCCGCCAAGGUCUCCGGAGAGGUGCUCCUGCAGUUCACACUCUUCGACACCAACAACCCGGAGGCAUCCGAUGCCGAAAUUUACGCCAAGUUCUCGGCGCUAUGCAAAUCAGUUCCCGAGGCGGAGCCAUCAUCUUCCAAAGCCCCAACACCUACUCGCACACCCAUCCUGGCUCCGACUAAGCCGACUAGCUCUCCCCCCUCACUUAACCGGAGAGGGACAGAUGACACCGGCGCCGAGGACGACGAUGACUACGAGGUCUACGAUGAUGAGACGCCGGAGGAAGAGGAUCUGAGCAAACCGGAGAACAUUGAGAAGCGCAAGCGGAGGCUGAGGAUCAAGGGCCUGAAGCGCAAGAAGAGAGACAACCCAUAUGAGUUCCUGAAUGGAGGGAGCAAUGAUGUCGUUGGUCUCAUAUUUCUCGAGAUUGUCAAGAUCACCGAUCUACCGCGAGAGUCCAACUUCACCAGGACCGGAUUCGACAUGGACCCUUUCGUUGUCGCUUCUUUGGGCAAGAAAACGUAUCGAACCAAGGUGGUGCGGCACAAUCUGAAUCCCGUCUAUAACGAGAAGAUGAUUUUCAAUGUUCUCAGCCACGAGCAGACGUACUCCUUUGCGUUCACGGUCAUCGACCGAGACCGCUACACUGGCAAUGACUUCAUAGCCUCGACCUCCCUGCCGCUCAAGGAGCUGCUAGAGAAAGCACCUGAGGCUGAUCCCGAGACUGGUCUGUACGCGAUCAGAGAGCCGCAGGAGUAUGUGCCGGAAGGCGCACAGUCCAAGUCUCGCUUCAAGAGAUUAGCCAUUUCCCGUUCGAGCUCCCAACAGAGCCUUUCCAAGUCGACCCGGCCCGCUCUUAGCAAAAAUCCAUCUGCGGUGUCUCAGACAGACUUAUCAGGAGACCUCGCGCCGACAUCAGCGCCCAACUCGGGCCUGUCGUUAUCAUCCGGCGACCACAAUCUUGCCUCUGCGGGAAUGGAGACCCUGCCUGAGAGCUCAGACCCUGACUUCGCCGUGAUGCAGCUGCCUCUGAAGAUGAAGAACCUGGACAAGUGGGAAGACAAGCACCGUCCCGAGCUUUUCAUAAGGGCGAAAUACAUGCCAUACCCUGCGCUCAGACAGCAAUUCUGGAGAGCCAUGCUCAGGCAGUACGACACCGACGAGAACAUCGGCGACCUCACAAUUGACGAGGCAGUCAUAUGUCUCGAGGACCAGCUGCAGAAAAAGCCCAAACCUCAGACAGUCGCCGAUCGCUUGAAGGACAAAGUGCCUGCCUUCGCCAAAGGUGCUACUCUUUCUGUCCCGGGCGUUAAGGAUCCUAGUCCAAGCGACAUUGCACCAGGUCCCGAAACGGCUCCCCAGAGCCAACUCUCUACCUCGACGAUUGUGCUCCCGGAGCUAUCCGCCGGGGGGGAGGAAGGUGAGGCACUGGACAAGGAUGACCUCAACGACCGCGGAGAAGAGCAUGUAGUGGAAAUUAGGGAAUGCCCCAUCUGCCACCAGCCGCGUCUCAACAAGCGAACAGAUACCGAUAUCAUCACGCACAUCGCCACUUGCGCAAGCCAGGAUUGGCGUCAGGUGAACCAUCUUAUGAUGGCCGGGUUUGUGACAGCCAGUCAAGCUCAGCGCAAGUGGUACUCCAAGGUAAUCACCAAGAUCUCGUACGGUGGAUACAAACUGGGUGCCAACUCUGCCAACAUUCUGGUCCAAGACCGGAUCACGGGACAGAUCAACGAGGAGAAGAUGAGCGUCUAUGUUAGACUUGGUAUCAGACUACUGUACAAGGGUUUGAAGUCAAACAACAUGGAAAAUAAGAGAAGAACAUGUCUGCUGACACAAAAAAACGCAGUUCGCAAACUUCUUAAGAGCAUGAGUAUCAAGCAGGGCAAGAAGUACGAUGACCCGGCCUCCAAGGCAGAAAUCCAGGGUUUCAUCGACUUUCACAAAUUAGACAUGUCUGAGGUUCUACUAUCGGUGGACGAGUUCAAGAACUUCAACGAGUUCUUCUACCGCGCCCUCAAGCCAGGUGCUCGACCAUGCUCAGCGCCUGACAAUCCUCAUAUCAUUGUGUCUCCCGCUGACUGCCGGUCCGUGGUCUUCAACAAGAUCGACAACGCCACUAAUGUCUGGAUCAAGGGCCGGGAAUUCUCUGUCAGGCGCCUUCUUGGUGACGCGUACCCCGAGGAUGCAGCACGAUACGAAAACAACGGUGCGCUUGGCAUCUUCCGCCUCGCGCCGCAGGACUACCAUCGCUUCCACAUUCCUGUUGAUGGCGUGUUGCGGCAGCCAAAGCUCAUCGCUGGAGAGUAUUACACCGUCAACCCGAUGGCAAUUCGAUCUGCCCUCGAUGUCUACGGUGAAAACGUCCGCGUGAUCGUGCCGAUCGACAGUGUCGCGCAUGGUCGUGUUAUGGUCAUCUGUGUGGGUGCCAUGAUGGUCGGCAGCACCGUAAUUACCAGAAACGAAGGCGAAGAGGUGAAGAGGGCCGAGGAGCUUGGGUACUUCAAGUUUGGCGGCAGUACCAUCGUCUUGUUAUUUGAAGACGGCAAGAUGGUAUUUGAUGACGAUCUGGUGGAUAACUCGAAUGGUGCGCUGGAGACUUUGAUCAGCGUAGGCAUGUCCGUGGGCCACUCGCCUAGCCACCCGAAGUACGCACCUGACCAGCGCAAGGACGCGAAGGACAUCACGCAGCAGGAGAAGGCGGAUGCCAAGAGGCGUAUUCAGGGAAGCUUCAAUCUUGAGGAGGGGGGUGACGACAGCGGCGACGACUCACCACCCUUGACCCAGCGCCUUGCCGGCUCGGGCUAG